CAAGCGGUCUGGAAACGUGGGAGCCCCGAACUGAUCUGCUUUAAUGCGCAAGUCUCCCUUCGCUUGUAGCUGCUCUCCUCGCGCCUACGAAAGGGGUGGGGCGGGGGCGCUGUGCUUGGCCGAAGAGACGUGCACCUGGAGGUUUGUUGUGGAAAACCUGGUUACCUGGUCAGUGGAUGCUGCCGCCGCCAUAGGACCUUUGCUCGCGGGCAAUAAAGAAAAAGCGGGGUCUGACUUGGCGCGCCACAGCGAGGGGACGCCCGUCAGAUAUACCCCCGUCGCAGCAGUCACAGAAGACCCAGGAUCUGGACGCGCCGCUUCCUCCAGGGGCUUCACGGAACUCCGGGGAAGCGUGUGCGCCUUCGUCACCGGCCAGCUCUCGAGCCGGAGCAAGGCAUCCGAAGAGGGCCAUGGCGUAAGGCAGCGAAACUGCGUAUUAGGGGAAAUCACCCAAACAUCAUCUGAUCUUCACAAGUGUUGGCAUAAUGCACUAUGGAUAAGUCAUUGACUGCUGACCGAUGUCUUCAACAUCUGGGGAUUUUACUGCAUAUCUUUAGGAGAAGAAUCCUUUGGCAAUGAAUGUCAGGGCAUGCAGUAUGAGCCACCGGACAACAUGCACUCCUCACAGGCCUGGGAUGGUAAAUGCGCAGCAGAUCCCAUCUAUUAAACUGCAUAUAGAAACUCCUUCUGCUUCUUCUAAUAGUAGCACCCCAGGCCCUGCUAUUGGAAACCUACCUACCACCUCACAUUUAAAGACAUCUCUUGGAGGAGGUGUGGCUCAUCAGAGCAGUGCUAUUGACUGUAAUAUUCACUUUCCUGCUUUAAGUCCCAGGAGACAAAUGGUUACAAAUGGAAAGCCUUUAUUCCAUUUCCCACAACCGCCAGGGGUAACAGCUCCACAGUUAUUGAAACCAAAGGAGCAAGAAUUUGGAAAUAAAUUCACUACAAGCACAGUGAAAGGAGCUUUUGUCUACGGACCUCAGUGCAAGUCCAUUGGAAAAAACAGUUGCAACAAUUUGAUAAUCGCCAGCAGUCCAAUGGUGGUUCAGAGACUGGGACCUCUGUCUCCUUCUGCUCAGCAGGUCUCAACAGCAUGCAACCAAAUCAGCCCUAGUUUACAGAGGGCUAUGAAUAUGACAAAUCCAGAUAUUCCAUCUGAUACAAGAUCUCUUAUAUCACGUGAAUCUUUGGCAUCCACAACCCUGAGUCUGUCAGAAAGCCAGUCAAUACAGAGUGUCAAACAAGAGUGGUUUCAUGGUUAUAGAAUUUAUCCUUCUCUUCCAUCCAAUCAGGGUUCACAAAAUAGCAAUGAAUUAGGUGAUGUCACAAAUGCUACAUCUGGGAUAUCCAUGUCCAACAACUUUUCUACUUCAUUGCCAUCUUACUUGUUCAGUGUGGAAAACAACCAUCCGCCUUAUUCUAGUCCUCACCAUUCCUCAGCCAGAUCUCAUUCAGCAAAAAAAAGGGCGCUGUCCCUGUCCCCUUUGUCUGAUGGCAUUGGGAUUGACUUCAACACAAUUAUCCGUACAUCCCCUACUUCUCUAGUUGCAUAUAUAAAUGGUUCAAGAACAUCUCCAUGCAACAUCUCUCCUCAACCUGAAGUUUAUGGGCAUUUCUUAGGAAUAAAGGGAAGUUGCAUUCCCCAGACUUGCUCUAUACCUAAUCCUCACAAAAGGCUUCUUAUGGCUAAUUGCAAUGCUACACCUCCAGACUACAGUGAAAAUGGAAAUGGUGAAUAUCAGCGCAUGCAACAGUUGGAGCAAAACAACCUACAGCCAUUGGUCACAAAUAAUAUGAUGGUUCAGCAAAGUACAUGUCUAGCAGAGAGCCAACCUGUGGGAGUUGUGAAGGGUGGACAUGGGGAUAUUUUUUCUGGAAACACAAAUGGCAUACCCUCUGCUUCUCCACUGGCUCCCCUUGUUCUUCCUCCUCCACAUGGUCCACCACCCCCCUAUCAUGCACAUCAGCAUGCACUCAUAAAUCAUUCCCGUCCACUUUCCUUGCCUCCAUCUAUCCAGAACUGUUUUUUAGAUGAAGACAGUGAACUCGAUGAUUUCAGUGGCAAGCACUGCUGUCGUUGGAUAGAUUGCAGUGCUACCUACGAUCAGCAAGAAGAACUUGUGCGACAUAUAGAAAAAAUUCACAUAGACCAGAGGAAAGGGGAAGAUUUCACUUGUUUCUGGGCUGGGUGCCCUCGAAGAUACAAACCAUUUAAUGCCCGUUACAAAUUGCUUAUCCAUAUGAGAGUGCAUUCAGGGGAGAAGCCAAACAAAUGUACG